AUGACUGAUGUGGAGCCUGGGGUCCCAGAUUUUGCAGCAUCAGGAAGAUCAGGUCGCCGCAAUGCCUUACCAGACAUUUUGGGUUCCCCAGCAGGGGCAGAAGCCACUGAUCUACCACAGAAACUAGCAGAGCUCUCUGUAUCCCAAGGUAACUUCUUACAAUAUAGGUAUUAA